AUGAAGACGCCGGCUCGGCGAUCGAAGCGGGUUGAUCAGAAAUCGGAACCCAAGGUCACAACCCCAGUGGCCCUACGUGCACGAGAGAAGAAAUGUUCAAAGACUCGAGCGGUUCGGGUCAGACCCGAAUACCCACUUACCCGAACCACCGCCGAGAUGAAGCUAAUGGCUCCGGAGUUCUUUCAAAUCGAUGCCCUUGAUCUUGCGCCGCGUUUGCUCGGGAAGUUCUUGAGGAGAGACAAUGUUGUGUUACGAAUUACAGAGGUAGAAGCUUAUAGACCAAAUGAUUCAGCUUGCCAUGGACGGUUUGGGGUUACCCCAAGGACUGCACCAGUUUUUGGACCUGGAGGGCAUGCCUAUGUUUAUCUAUGUUAUGGUCUUCAUAUGAUGCUCAAUAUUGUUGCUGAUAAAGAAGGAGCUGGAGCCGCUGUUUUGAUACGGUCUUGCUCUCCUGUUACCGGGCUGGAGACCAUACAAGAGCGUCGUGGCCAGAAAACCGACAAACCCGUUCUACUAAAUGGACCAGGAAAGGUGGGGCAAGCGCUUGGACUCUCAACAGAGUGGUCUCAUCAUCCUCUCUUUUCUCCUGGAGGACUGGAGCUUCUGGAUGGGGGAGAAGAUGUGGAGAGAGUAAUGGUUGGUCCUCGCGUUGGGAUAGAUUACGCAUUGCCUCAACAUGUCAAUGCCUUGUGGAGAUUUGCCAUUGCAGAUACUCCAUGGAUAAGUGCUCCUAAGAACACUCUUAACUCUAACUUCAACCCAAAAACUCCUUUUUGA